GAUAAUAAAAACACAUGAUAAGAUUUUUGUAAACAUGUGAUUUUUUUCGUUUUUCAAUCACCGUCACAAUUUAUUCGAAAAAUCCAUAAUUUUGAAUAUAAAACGCGAGUUUACAGUAAUUAAAACACGUCUCUAACAAACCCUUCGGCAAAAUGGGUAAAGCAAAGCAGCUUCGAAAACAAGCGAAUAAAUUCUCCAAAAUGAAGAAAAUGAUGAGUGCUCGAGACAGCAGACUCAAAGAAUCCGAACGUAAAUUCAAAACGAAAAAGCCUAAGAAGAAGGAUAACUCUCAAGAGAUGAAAGUAAACAGAGUACCUCAAGUAUCGUCAGCUUUGUUCUUCCAGUAUAAUACUCAGUUAGGACCACCGUUUCACAUUCUAGUCGAUACCAAUUUCAUUAACUUCUCAGUUAAAUAUAAACUAGACGUGAUACAGAACAUGAUGGAUUGUUUGUACGCUAAAUGUAUACCUUACGUGACAGAUUGUGUUAUCGGCGAAUUGGAGAAAUUAGGUCCGAAGUAUAAAAUAGCUUUAAGGAUAGUUAAGGAUCCACGAUUUGAAAGAAUACAAUGUAUGCAUUCUGGCACUUAUGCCGAUGACUGCUUAGUCGAAAGAGUGAAUCAACAUAAAUGUUUCAUCGUAGCUACCUGUGAUAAAGACUUGAAACGUAGAAUAAGGAAAAUACCCGGAGUUCCAAUAAUGUACAUAUCCCAUAGAAGAUACACCAUCGAACGAAUGCCAGAUGCAUACGGAGCACCGAAAGUAUAACCGUAAAACUCAAUCCAUUAUUUAUAUUCUUUCCUGUUAAGUUAUUUGAUAUAUUUUGUUCUUCCUAACGAAUUGUUUCCAAUAAACAUCUUGUUUGACGUA